GAUUAGUCGAAAUUCGACUUUGGGAUUCCUGCUGUGUCUUAACAAAAAAAGAAAGUAAUUGGUUUAUGAUGGCUGAUGAAUUCGAGCCUAUGGAACCCAGUUUAAAGAACGUCGUAGAUCAAGCGUCUUUAAAAUGGAUAUUUGUUGGUGGAAAGGGUGGAGUUGGUAAGACAACAUGCAGUUGUAGCCUGGCAGUACAGAUGUCCAAAGUGAGGGAGUCUGUAUUAAUUAUCUCCACUGAUCCUGCCCACAAUAUAUCUGAUGCUUUUGAUCAAAAAUUUACCAAAGUGCCAACAAAAGUGAAUGGCUUCUCUAAUUUGUAUGCCAUGGAAAUUGAUCCUAAUGCAGGCCUUAAUGAAUUACCUGAUGAGUACUUUGAAGACGAAAAUGAAGCUUUACGUCUAAGCAAGGGAUUUUUGAAUGAGGUGGUUGGGGCAUUACCUGGUAUUGAUGAAGCAAUGAGCUACGCCGAAGUCAUGAAACUGGUGAAAGCAAUGAAUUUUUCUGUAGUUAUAUUUGACACGGCUCCCACUGGACACACACUUCGCUUGUUGUCAUUUCCUCAGGUGGUUGAAAAGGGUUUGGGAAAAAUGCAACGACUUAAACUAAAAAUAAACCCUUUCAUCUCACAAUUUGGCAGUUUACUUGGAAUGCCAGUAAACGCCGAUUCUUUAACUCAAAAACUCGACGAAAUGUUAAAGAUUAUUAGACAAGUCAAUGAACAAUUUAGAGAUCCAGAUCAAACUACGUUUGUGUGUGUUUGCAUAGCUGAAUUUUUGUCAUUGUAUGAAACUGAAAGAUUAGUACAAGAGUUGACUAAAUGUGGCAUAGAUACCCACAACAUAAUUGUGAACCAGCUACUAUUUAUGAAACAAGAUCAACAACCUUGUGGCAUGUGCGCUUCCAGGUACAAGAUUCAAGAAAAAUAUUUGGACCAAAUUGCUGACCUUUAUGAAGAUUUCCAUGUUACAAAACUACCUCUAUUGGAAAAUGAAGUACGAGGGGCAGAAAAUAUCAAAACUUUCUCGGAAAAUCUGAUUAAACCCUAUACAACAAAUUAAUUCGUUAAUUUAUCGUGUAUAUGCAAUUCUUCUACCGUAUUUACAAAACUUACUAAUGAAGUUUUAAAAUCUAAAUCUGAUAUUUUCCAUGCUCUGGUUAUGAAUUUGCAAAAAGAAAUUAAAAAUUUAUCAAUAUUCUUCUAAGCCUUAUAUUUUAAAUAGUUGAGAUCGCUUGUCGUUCAUCUUGCUGCAUAGGCAUUGGAUUACAAUAUAAAUGCUAACAUUGAUGAGCCUAAAGCAACAUUAUUUUACGAGUUCCAAAACCAGAAAUGGGGAUGAUUUCAUACUAAAAACCCCAUAUUAAUAAAUGAAAAAUUAGAGGUAGAGCUUUUGUUUUCUUGUAUCAAAAUUUACCAUAUUUAUUAUCAGUACCGAAUGAAAUAAAGCCAGUUUCAAGAGA